AUGGCUGUUUCUGCGAUAGCGUUUCCGGAGGACGUUGGACAGGCUCCUGCGAUCCGACAGCACAGCACGUUGCGGUAUCUUUUGCGACUACUUUCAGUGUCUGGUUACUCGAUGGCGGGGGUUUAUUUAUUUGUUUAUGUGGUGUUGAAGCCGAUGCUAAAGUUGAGCUUUGAGCGGCGUCGGGAGCUGGCAACCCACUGUUUCCACAAACUCGAGAGUCUUUAUGGGACUAUAGUGCAGAAAGUCCGGUUUGUGCCGUCGGUGGAGCUGAAUUACCGGGGAAUUCUGUACAAAGACGUGAUGUGUUCUACUGGCGACGAGCCACAGGAGGAGGUGAUGAGACAGGAGCCGCGCGGGGUUCACUUUGACGACGAGAUCGACCGUGUGGAUCUGAAGAAACAGUAUCUGUCAACAACAACGGUUCUGGGGUCGCAUUUGGAAGGACUGCGUGACACUUUGAAAAAACUUAAAGUUUCAAGCUACAACACUAAAGACACACCGUCCACGUUUGGAGGCCGGCUUUCGAUGACCGACGUGAGCGAGAUGCGGCCACUAAUGUUCCAGAUCAAACAGCUCAAGAACUGCGUCGAAAUGGUCAGCUCAGACCAUCCCAGAGAGUACCUGUUCCGGCGGAGCGUCAACUACGCCAGAAACUCACGAAACCUCAACAUCGCCGACGACUUGCGCCAGGAACUCGCAGAUCUGCACGCGUUGGUGAACCCGGCGAAAAAUUGA